UUCAGUGCAAAAAAAAGAAGGAAAAUGUCAAAAAUGAAUUAAUUUUCGUCAGUGUUCAAAGUCAUUGAUGGUGGAAAAAUGUAGGAAAAAAGGGAAACCAAAUUUUGUGAUUAAAUCAAUUUCAAUCGAAUAAAAUGUCGUCGAUCUGUUGUACUGUUCUGAAUUCAAAUGGACGAAUAGAGUAGCUCUCUAUCUAUACGCUCCGGAUACAAUCAUUCCGUACUGCUGUGUAUAACAAUUUCAUGUCAUUAUUGUUCGUGAUUCGUUUAUUUACAAAAUGUAAAAAAAAUUAUUGCGUAGAACUUGGUCCAUACCAUCUGAAAGUACAAUGGCAUCCACAAUGCAAUUGGAGUUUGAAGAGGCAAUGUCUGACUUUAAGACAAUGUUUCCGGACAUGGAGAAGGAAGUUAUCGAAGCCGUUUUACGUGCGAAUCAAGGCGCUGUCGAUGCAACUAUUGAUCAAUUACUAGCGAUGAGUGUGGACAAUCAAAAUGAGAAACUCCGCAACGAACUAGACAAACCUGGAUCCACACCGAACAAAUCAGCAUUGAACACGGCAAAAGAAUCUGAAAUAUCUGUUGAAUCUGGAUCAUCAUUACUACGUCCCGCCGCGAAUGUCGCGAAUACGGGCGCAUCUCCUAAAAUAAAGAAACCAACGUUCAGUUCAUCCAAUAACUCUAGUCCUUUGAAGAGUAGUGAUCGGAGUACGACAAAAGCCCAUAAAAAAUGGAAUCCCCCGAUGCUGGGACCAUUACCGCCUGGAUUUUUACGCUUGUCUGGUUGUGAACCUCGAACUGACUAUGAUAUUCCGGACGAACAGUUUGCCCAUAUGCUCCAAAAUGAAGAAUUUAUGAACGAACUACGCUGGAAUCAAGAAUUUAUGUUGGCUUUGGAAAAGGAGCAACAGGACAAAGGCGGUGAAGACGACCUUGUGUUCCGGGAACGAUUGAAACACAUGGGAAAGAAAUCUCGUAAAAAGUUUCUGCAAUUAGCUCGUGUCUUCACGUGGCAACGGAAUAAGAAAAAGCCCGGUGCUGUACGCCAUCCAGAUUCGUUGCUGUUGCAAGAGGAGCACAGUGACGAUGAGGAACCUAGGAAGAGUAAAAAGUGAUAAGCGUAUGCGUUGUUGUUCGUUAUAUUGUUGGUCGUUUUUGGUUUUUAUUUUUUUGGUUUUAUUUUAUGUGUCGGUUUACAAUGGGAGUACGAAAACGCAUUACCGGUUCGACUGUUUAAUGCUAGAGUGAAUUCGCGUUUAUGGCCAUGGGUCACGUCGAGAGUGAACUAAUUUAUUCAGUUCAAGCGAAGAUGAUUUUUGUAUAGUCAUUCCCAUUAUAUUGUACGCUAAAAGUCAAGGACAGUGUUAGUCGAUUGGGAGAUAGUUUGUGGUUUUUCUAAUUUACGAGUCACAGUCAUCGUCACAAAAAAUUGAUUCCUUGUUUCACUGUUAAAGUUAGUAUUUUGUGGGAGGCAUUACAUAGAGUAUGCGAAAAUUCCAGACGAGAAAAUGUUGCCAAAAUUUAUCAGUUGUUUUUUCGGACCAAAUUGUAUAAGGCUUCCGUGUUUGAUCAUGUCUUAGCCCAGUUUCGAAAUCUUAAAACUAACCGUUGAUGUUAAGGUCGAUCCAAGCGUGCUUCCCCAUCAAUAUUACGAAAGAAGUUGAAAGAAGUUCAGAAUUUCAUGAACUGCAAAAUACGAAGGACGUCCAACUCAUUUCUAUAUUUGAGGUUGUUGCAACGAACCUUCUCUAUGAACGAUGGGAAACGUUUUCGGAUGACGAAAUAUCAGUCAGAGUGUUGCAGACUGUUACAAUGUUACAUUAUGUAUCCCGCUAAACACUGAAAUGUUUUCCUUUUCCAUUUUUUAGGUUGUCCGUUAAAUAACGAGUCAGCCCAAUUCCGUAGAUAUGAUACGUUAGUUGCAUCAUUAAUCGGACCAUUCAAGACUCCCAGUUUGUUUUCUAAAAAAAAAACUUUUUGAUUCAUAUAACCCGACCGAAUACAAAUACUUCCACCUUAGCCACUUAGCAUACACUGACCAUAUUCAAAUGUUAAAAAAAAAAAAAUUGUCUCAAAAUUAGUAACUCGAACAAAUUGUAUUUCAAUUAAAAAAAGAUUUUAUUUUCUGUUAAUUAAUUUGUUUGAAAUUUGACUCUGUUGAUAGAGUAUAUAUUCCAAGCAAAUAAAAGCCCGUUUUUUCUCGAUAAAGUUUAGUUUAUCUAACUUCUAGUCAAUAGCAUUUACCAAAAAAGAUGAAAGAAAGAACGAAAUGUUUUGAAUCUCAAAGCAAUUAUAAAUUACACUAAUCUAUGUAGAGACUUACUACUCAAAAAAAUACGUAUCUUAGAUUAUAAAAUGAAAUUAAAAUAGAAAUACUCAACAAUAAACGAAAGACAAAACAAACACACACACACACACACACACACAGAAUGCAAUUGAGAGGGAAGCCACCGAUCGAAUUUAUUUCCCAUUUUCUUCAAAGAACUGAAUCCAAUUCUCUAUUUUUCUUACCCAAUUUGAUCUGGCUUUUAAUAGACUGUUACGACCAGAGCGAGAGUUCCGAAGUCCAGUUAAUUUUAACUUGCUUUGGGUGCUACUCAUUGCAUAUUUACAUAUACAUUUUUGACCUCCUAACCCCCUAGCCAAGUGAAAUAACUGGCCUCAAUUACAUUUCCUUCUCUCUCGUCAUAACAGUCUAUAAUAUAAAAUAAUUUGUAGUAUGCAUAACAUCGACAUUGGCUUCUCUCUCUAAAAAAAUGAGUUUAAUAAACCGACAGACGAAAGAUAACAAUUAAAUACUAAAAGGGGUGAAAUCUGAUGAUAAGUAUAAUUCUCUGUAAAAGUGAGCAUUAAAAAAAAGAUAAAAAUAAGAGACUGCAAAUUGGAGUUUUUUUUUAAAUUAAUUUUGGUUAAUUUAUUAGUAAGUCAAAUCUCAGUCAAUACUAAAAAAAAAUAUUCGAAAUAUAAAUAAUGUAAAACGUUGGGUAAUAAACAAUUGUCUAUUCUCAAAUCAAAUUAAUUUUAUGUUGAAAUAAGAAAGAAGUGAAACCAAAAUCGUAGCGUUUAAGGCUUUAAUUAACAUUAGUUCUUGUUAGUCGUUUAAGCAAGAAAAAAAAAAAUGAAACAACAGAACGAUGUGUAAAACGUAAAAUUAUUUCUGAUGGAAAGAAAUAAAGGAAAAUAUUUAAAAAUCUAGAAA